AUGGAGGUUUCAUUUAUCGGAGCGAACAUAGAUAUUAUUAACGAAUGCGUUAAAGUCAAAAAGCUUAAUAGAAAGGCAUUGAAAAAUGCAAUUUACUCAUAUAAUAAUAAGAUAUUGACGGAAAUUUUAGAGAAAUCUGACUUAAAAAUAAGCUCCAAAGCAGCAAUAAAAGCUCUAAAUCAAGAAGCAAUGCUAAUGGCUAUCAAAUAUAACUUUGACGACUUCAUAUUAUAUCUUGCUUCUUUUCCUUUUCAAAAUUAUUCAAUACCAUUGCUCAAAGUAUAUAUUGAAGGCAAUGAAGAAGUGAAAAAGGAUAUAGAUAAACUUCAGCCAAUAUUUUUGAGUUCAAUUGUAAAUAAUCGUAUUGAACUCUGCAAGUUUUUACUUUCUCUUAAUGUUAAUGUAAAUUAUGACAAAUUUGAAGACCAACCGCUUCAAUAUGCAGCAAUUUAUAAUAGAAAAGAAAUUGCAGAAAUUUUAAUUUCUCAUGGUGCAGAUGUCAAUCAAAAGAAUGAACAUGGAUGGACACCACUCCAAAGAUCUGCUUAUUUCAAUAACAUAGAGAUAAAAAAAUAUUACUUUCACACAAUUGUGAAAUUGAUUUGGAAGAUAACAAUGGAUUCACAGCAUUGCAUUAUGCAGUCAGAGAUGAUAUCGUUGAUAUCUUGA